ACCCCCACUCCUCCAACCCCCUCAGCGGGUCUCGGAUCGCCGCUCUGGGUGAAUUCUGGUGGUUUCCCUGACAGAUUCUCCCAAUAUCUGCUAGCCAGACAGUCUCCCGAGGGACCUCGGCGCUGCCACACGCUCGGCGGGCACCAGCAAUUUUAAAGACAGCGGUGGGUGCACACACUGCUGUCCUCUCCAAACAUGCCCCCUCAUCUCCCUGCUCCCCCCAACUCUUCACCACCACCACCCGAUUCCGCGCUCCACCUUUCCCCAGCUCCUCCCUCCUCGGCUGUGAGCACCCUCCCUCCUAGCCCGAGUGCCCUUCCUCCCUAGUCUCCUCUUCUCCUUCCACUCCCCUCUUCCCUUCCUCGGUCUUAAGCUCCCACUUUCCAUCUCCCCACUCCGGGUAUCUUGCCUACAGACCGUCACCUGCACUCCAGUCCAUGAGUGCACCCUCCCGCGACGGGUCUUUCAAAAACCCUCCUCCUUAGCCCGGUGCCCCGAGCAGUGCUCCCGCUUCUAGGGUUCCUCCCCCAUCACCCGCAACGCUGCCCCGCACCCUCUCCCUCUGAGCCUUUCCUUCCCCUCCCCACGAAGUUUUAGGGCUGUCAGUCCCGGAGUCUUUCGGGCAGCCGGCACCCAAGCUGCAGGCAGCAGGCGCCAUUGUGCAAACGGCCGCCCGGGACGGGAGGCCCGAGCGCCUGGGUCCCCGAGGCGGACCACGGGUCUGUGGCCUGAUCACCUAGGAGAGCCACUCCUGGUGGCCAUGAGAGAGACCCUGGAGGCCCUGAACUCCUUGGGAUUCUCAGUGGGACAGCCAGAGAUGGCUCCCCAAAGUGAGCCCAGGGAUGGGCUCCAGAAUGUCGAUGAGAAGAUGCCAGCGGCUAGAGAAGAGAGCACACUGCGUUCAUGCUCAGGGCAUGAUACCCCUGGCCAGAAAGAAGGCAUCCACACAGAACAAGUUGAAGCACCUUGCAUGGGCAGCCAGGCCUGUACCCCACAGAAGGCUGAGCCUGUGGCCUCUGUCCCAGGGGAGGAGUGGAUGAUUCGGAAGGUGAAGGUGGAGGAUGAGGACCAGGAGGCAGAGGAGGAGGUGGAAUGGCCCCAGCAUCUCUCCUUCCUUCCCAGUCCUUUCCCCACACCUGACUUGGGUCACCUGGCUGUGGCGUACAAACUGGAGCCAGGGACUCCGGGGGCACUAGGUGGGCUUGCGCUGUCCGGGUGGGCCCCGAUUCCGGAGAAGCCUUAUGGCUGCGAGGAAUGUGAGCGUCGUUUUCGAGAUCAGCUAACCCUGCGGCUCCACCAGAGGCUGCACCGGGGCGAGGGUCCCUGCGCCUGCCCGGACUGCGGCCGCAGCUUCACGCAGCGCGCCCACAUGCUGCUGCACCAACGCAGCCACCGCGGAGAGCGCCCCUUCCCGUGCUCCGAGUGCGACAAACGCUUCAGCAAGAAGGCCCACCUGACCCGCCACCUGCGCACUCACACCGGCGAGCGGCCCUACCCGUGCGCCGAGUGCGGCAAGCGCUUCAGCCAGAAGAUCCACCUGGGAUCGCACCAGAAGACCCACACGGGGGAGCGGCCCUUCCCCUGCACGGAAUGCGAGAAGCGUUUCCGGAAGAAGACGCACCUCAUCCGCCACCAGCGCAUCCACACGGGCGAGAGGCCCUACCAGUGCGCCCAGUGCGCGCGCAGCUUCACGCACAAGCAGCACUUGGUGCGGCACCAGCGGGUGCACGAUGCCGCCAGCCGCACCCGCCCCUCUCCUGACGCUCCUGCCUCUCCCCACUCCCCGACGGCGCCCCUUAACCCGUCCGCCCCUGGGCCCAAGCCUUUCGCUUGUUCCCACUGCGGUUUGAGCUUCGGCUGGAAAAAGAACCUCGCUUCGCACCAGAGUCUGCAUCUCACCGAGGGUCGUGCUUUUGGGUGCGAUGAGUGUGCGCUGGGCGCCAACGCGGACCCCGCCGCCGCCGAGCCCUCGGUCUGCACUCCCCACGCGCCUGACUGUGGCCCGGGUUCGGGGCCCGCGGCGCCCCAGCGCACCACCUCCAGUGAGCGCUCCUUCUUCUGCCCCGAGUGCGGGCGCGGCUUCACCCACGGGCAGCACCUGGCCCGGCACCGGCGCGUGCACACGGGCGAAAGGCCCUUCGCCUGCGCUCAGUGCGGCCGUCGUUUUGGCUCGAGGCCCAAUCUGGUCGCCCACUCCCGGGCCCACAGCGGCGCCAGACCUUUCGCCUGUGCGCAGUGCGGCCGCCGAUUCAGUCGCAAAUCUCACCUGGGCCGCCACCAGGCAGUGCACACGGGCAGCCGCCCCCACGCCUGCGCCGUCUGCGCCCGCUGCUUCAGCUCCAAAACCAAUCUGGUCCGCCACCAGGCCAUCCACACGGGCUCCCGCCCCUUCUCCUGCCCGCAGUGCGCCAAGAGCUUCAGCCGCAAGACCCACCUGGUGCGGCAUCAGCGCAUCCACGGCGAGGCCACCCUCCCAGCCUCAGCCCCGAACCUCUCUGCGCCGGCUUGGCCCAAUCCCGCCGAGGUGGUUCCGCCACCGAUCUUCUUCUAAGCGGAGUUCUGACCCUCUCCUGGCUGAUUUGGGAGACAUGUGCCUGGAGACUAAGCGGUUUUUCAAGCCUCGCGCCUAGGUUGCUGCCGGGACACCCGAGUCCUUGGCAUUUCCAAGAUGCUAGUUGAGUAGUCCGGAAAGCACACUCGGCUCUUGACAGUUGUGACGAAGAACACGCAGAUGCCGCAUUAAACACCAGGCAUUUUUUUUGAAGAUCAGCCAGGUUGAAGGGAGACUGAGCGGGAAACCACAAAAUAGAGGGAAACAGUUAUUUAUGUACUUGAAGUUCAUUAAAGUUCAGAUCUGAA